AGUUUAGCGAGGGGCGGUCCGACCCGCUUAUUUGGGGCUCCUAAUUGGCUGGCUAUCAAACAAGCAAAUCAAACUCAAGGAGCAGCGAAGUUAAAGUAGUAAGGAGAAGUGGGCAGCCAUGAGCUGCUCGUACAACCAUCACUUGGGAAGAAGAAUUUGUCACUGGUGAGGUGGUCCUGAGGCAAAACCUCCACAGCUAAACGCAGACCUAGUGGAAACAUAACUUAAGGGUUCCGUACGGCUAUGAUAAUGAAAAAGUAUGCAGUUGGCGAGUAGGUCUCGAUAUCGAGUGGGGAGAUCAAGGAGACCUCAAUGCCGUUAAUCACUCCUUUAGCAAAUGGGUAGAAUAGGACGACGGCCCACCUCGAAAUUGAGCACCCCUGCCACAAGGGGCACAGCGGAAGAGAAUAAGAAAAUGAAUCCGGGUAGCAGCAUGGUAGAAUUAGAACCAACUCUGUCAGUCUUGAAGUCGGGAUAGACGUAUGCAAUAAUCUGGCCGGUUGGUCCAGGGACUAUCAGCUGGCCAUUCUAUAUAAAAUCUGUCAAAUAAUGAAAUUCGGAGAAAAGGUUUUGCCAAACUAGUUAAGAAACCAAGAGGCGCUUACCAAGGGUGAUUGCCAAGGGUGUGCAGUGACGAGCUAGAGUAGAACAUGGUUUACAAAUAAGCAAGUAAUGAAGGCAAAUGAUCUAGCAAUACAGACCAUUAAUGCAUAUAAACACAUGAUACAGACAGGAACAUAAAACAGGAGAGCAGUCGCUGGUGAAUCUGAACACUGCAAGGAAAAGUGUUGUUGGUAAUUACUGUAACCAAAAGAAAUCAGCCUUACAGGCUUGCUUGUCACUAUAGAUAGUUCAGUGAGCUCCAGUUCACAACACAGUACUCCGUCUUUUAAUGAAUUAUUUUCUAUUUAUUUGCCCCGGUGUGUAGGAAACUCGGCAUAUUUGAUAUCACUGCCCAUUCACUCUAUCUGCAAGGAUGUUCACAUCUCCCGCUAACUCCCAUCAUAGUAGAAACCCGAUAUCAAGGCAUGAAUUUUCCUGACUCCCUUCACCAUAACCACGCUCAUGGCAUGAGCUAGUGAACGGAGGACAGUGAGAUUGCCUAUAUAAAGCAUGGAAUUUUUUCGCUGCUGGAAGAAGCUGAUGGUUUCGCAACUUAAUUUUCUUCCUGUUCAAAAAUUUGUUUAUCACCAGCUUCAUUUUCGCAACAACUAUGAUGGUUAACAUUCAGUUGAUACUUGGAGUCAUUAUCCUCCUCGGUACGAGGAAGGCUGCCACAGCUGCCCUACCUCCCCACCCUUGCGCUUUCGCUGCAACAGCGGCAAAUGGUGACACCUGUCAGUCCUUAGCUGCCGAACGAGGAAUUGGUAUGGACCAAUUUUUGAAGCGGAAUCCAGGCGUCAACUGCAAUGCUCUAGUUGCCGGGAAGACCUACUGUUUAUCUGCAGACGAUUCUGCGCCUGGCCCGACUGCGAGCCUGAACCCAUCUCCCAAAGUUCCAACAACAACUUUGAGAGCAGUUCAGACUAUGAGUCCAAAGGCAUCGACGGGUACUCCUGCAAUAACUCUUGUCUCUCGCUCUGGACCAAUUAGAUUUAUGACUGGAAUGGCCCCAGAUUGCCUAUUCUAUCACCCGGUGGCUCCAGGUGAUACCUGCCAGAGCAUCGUUGAUAAGUAUAAGUCCUUCACCCUCGACCAGUUCUACGCCUGGAAUCCUGCCACUGGUAGGAACUGCGAGUCUCUAUGGCUGGGAUACUAUACCUGUGUUGGUGUCAAGGGCGGACCAAACUCUCCUUCGCAGCAACCUCCCUCGCAGCAACCUCCUUCGCAGCAGCCUCCUUCGCAGCAACCUCCCUCGCAGCAACCUCCCUCGCAGCAACCUCCCUCGCAGCAGCCUCCCUCGCAGCAGCCUCCCUCGCAGCAGCCUCCCUCGCAGCAGUCUAAUACGUCCCAACAAACCCAACCAAAUGUUAACUCCAAGUGUAACAAGUGGUAUCAAGUGGUUCCCGGGGACUACUGUCAGAAAAUCGCUGAUAAAUUCAAUAUUUCCCUUCAGACCUUCUACGCUUGGAAUCCUUCUGUGGGCAGUACCUGUGCCAGCCUCUGGGCAGGGUAUAAUGUGUGUGUUGGAUCUGCCUAA